AUGUUUGAUGCUGGAGUCUUGGCCCAGAUUGAGGGCGCAGUUAUCGGCCAGCCUUUCAACGCCAUGACUCUGAAACCCACCCGUAAUGGCUUGUUUGGCUCCUUCGAGCUUUUGUAUUUUUACAAGUUUAAUAGCCGACGGCCCCUUCACAAGCCGGACGGGGCUGAAAAUAUGCAGCACAGCCAGCUUGAGACUUUUCAAAAGUUCAAUACCAGCACAUUAAACGCGACAGUUGACGUGGCUGAAAUUGUCAAACCAAAAGCCCACCCCGAGGUUGCUCACCGCCUCGACGCCGUCGGCCCCGGCCAGGUCAAGCAGGUCCCUGAGGUAGUUCACCGAGGGGUCGUCCACCACGAACUGCAACGUUUUGGCCUAUGGCCCCUGCUCCCAGCACAUCUGGUUUGA